AUGACGCGUCCGAUGCGGGAUCCUCGGAGUAAUGGGGGAAAGCGGAUCGUCAAGAAGGGCGAGCCGGUUGACCCAGAGGAUUUGACUCGUCGACUUAAUGAGUAUUUGGCGGAGCAGAAAGUGCGGGCAGACAGGCGCAGAGAUGCCAGGGCUGCCAAGGCUGCUGUCCUGGCUCAACAGAAUGCCGCACACUAUCAUCAUGUGCCCAAAGUCGCUGCAGCAGCUUUCGAGAGGACGACUACUCCAGAUGUGAGGCGCGGAGCCCACCAUCUUACGCAGCCAGCGAUCAGAGCCCAUCUUGAACGUUUGAGUAUCGACGACUCACUUCUGGGCCAACAGACCACGAAACUCCAAAGAACGCAGGCCCUAGACCAGGCAAUUUUGGAAAAAGAACUUCUCAGAAGCCGAAAUCAGUUCCAAUGGGGUCCUGACAUGGAAGAUGCGGCCUAUGCAGAUGCAAUGAGAGAUCUUCACAAGCUACCGCAAAGGACUUUUGGCAAAGGUUUUCCGCAUCUGAAAGGAAGACAUCGACUGGAUGGUCCCCGGCCAUUGAGCACAGGAGACAUAUUCUGGGGGGAAGAUGAGCUACCUAUACCGACAAAAACAACGAAACCUAGGGGGUCCCUUAAGCCCGUCAACGAUGGACAAGACCGGCAUGACUGGGCACAGCGGGAUGAGGCUACUGAUAUGCGGAAAAGGGAUAAGACUACUCCCUUUCUCCGCAAGAUGGAAUCUCGCUGGAUUCUGAUGAGCAAGAGGGAAAAAUCGCCGUUGAAGCAAGACAUUGAUCUGCGUUCGUCACCAGAAGGGAAGAAAGGAAAUUUGUUUGCUAGGUUUAAGCGUCAACCGAGCUGA